UCUCGUCUCUUCCAAGUUACAUAUAGUUAGUGUCUGUUCUGGCGAUCUUCGACCCUGUGAUUUUUGCAUCUCUUUUCACAAGAAAUUUAUCCAAAUAGACCUAUGAUUCUUAUUGUACUGAACCAAUCAUUCAUGAUUCAUGUGACAUUGUCUUGCAGUGUCGAUGACACCUUGAACGCCAAUGGAUGAGAUCGACAGUGGGACCAAUGGCAACAGUCCCUGCGCCGGACAUCUCAGUCUGCACCCAAUAGCUCGCAGCAAGAUUGGCUUCCCUGAGGAGAUAUUUGCGUGACUUCCCCGCCGUUGGAUACGAGGUGUUAUCUUUCUUGGAGAUGCGUGAACUGGGCCAGCCCAACUUUGUAGGGCCUGUAAGAUGGAUCACCAGGCCGGCGUACGUUAGCCUCGAUCCACAGCAUUUUGCUAUCUUGGAGUAGAUAACACUGAGUUGUGGCGCGAGAGAAGAGGGAGAGGGCAGCGACGACGACGAUGACGGCGUUGCGAAGCCACUGCUGCCAUCCUCUGUUCUCCUUCGCCUCCUUCGACAGCAAGCCUACCCUUCCCUUCGCCUUUUUAUCCCUCGCCGGGAGACCCUUCUUUGGUGGGCGACGUCCUCGCGCCGGCCCAUUCCGCCGCUUGCUAGCCGCCGCUGCUGCCCAAGACCCCCACCCGUCCAAGGAGUUAGACCUCGAGCUUCUGCUUCACAGCAAGCCCUCCCCCGUCCCCAGCGACGACGAUGACGACGACGACCCUCGGAAGCCCCCCGACUCGGAUGAGGCAUUGGCUCCCUUUUUGAAGUUCUUCAAAGCCAGAGAUUCCGCGGAGGAGGGUCUCAUCAUCUCCGGCGAAGAGAGCGACGCCGAGGCGGCCGCCGAAGCCGAAGCUGAGGUGGAGGAGAAGGAGAAGGAGAGAGUGGAAGUCCAGUACUACGAGCCCAAGCCCGGGGAUCUGGUGGUCGGCGUCGUCGUGUCAGGAAAUGAGAACAGACUCGAUGUUAAUGUUGGCGCCGACAUGCUUGGUACGAUGCUGACCAAGGAGGUGCUGCCGCUAUAUGAAGCGGAAUUGCCCUACCUGCUUUGCGAUCGGGACAAGGAUGCGGCCGAAUACACGGUGCCUGGGAAGAUGGGAAUUCUGAAGGACGAGGAGGCGUUGAGUGGGGGAAAAGUGGCAGGGAGGCCCGUCGUUGAAGUCGGGACGAUUCUCUUCGCGGAGGUGCUCGGUCGCACGCUGAGUGGACGGCCGCUCCUGUCUACGAGAAGGAUGUUCCGGCGGGUCGCGUGGCACCGAGUGAGGCAGAUAAUGCAAUUGAAUGAGCCUAUAGAGGUAAAAAUUUUUGAGUGGAACACUGGUGGCCUUCUUACUAGAAUUGAGGGUUUGCGUGCAUUCCUCCCUAAAGCUGAAUUGAUGAAUAGAAUAAAGAAUUUCACAGAUUUAAAAGACAAUGUCAGCCGCAGGAUGCACGUGUGUAUUAUCAGGAUCGAUGAAGCAACUAAUGACUUGAUAAUUAGUGAGAGAGAAGCCUGGGAUAUGAUGAACCUGAAAGAAGGAACACUUCUAGAAGGAACCGUGUGCAAAAUUCUUCCAUUUGGAGCACAAAUUAGGAUAGGUGCCACAAACCGGAGUGGGUUGCUUCAUAUCUCAAAUAUAACUCGUGCCCGAGUUUCAUCAGUAAGUGAUGUACUAAAGGUGGAUGAAAAAGUGAAGGUUCUCGUGGUGAAGUCAAUGUUUCCAGACAAAAUAUCUCUUAGCAUUGCAGAUCUUGAAAGCGAGCCUGGACUUUUUCUAUCGGAUAGGGAGAAAGUGUUUUCUGAGGCGGAAGAGAUGGCCCAAAAGUAUAGAAGAAAGCUACCUGUUAUUUCUGCAUCACACAAGUUCGAGACUCCUCCGACCGCCGAUUUGCUUCCUUUUGAUGAUGAAGCUAGAUUAUAUGCAAACUGGAAAUGGUUCAAAUUUGAACAGCAUACCGAAGUGAAUGAUGGCGACAACAUCAUCUCAGAAUGCUAGAGUCCAAGAACAUCCUGACCAUUUUGCUGACAAGAUUCGUCAAGUCAAAGCCUUCAGCUCGGAUAGGGGGGGCGUGUUUCUUCAGUCUCCAUGUUGCAGUCUGGAAUGGUUGUUUGAGAUAAGAAUUCUUAAGCAUCAGCUUGAGAAUGAGAGAAAGAAGCAUGUGCCCAUGAUUGUGUCUGAAUAACAAGAUGGAUGUUAUAUGGUUCGAUAACAGUUUUGAUUUAAUUUUUUUUCUUCCUGAAUUUAAUCUCCAUUUAUUCUUUAUCAAGAAUGUAAGAUCAUCCUUUCCAAAGGACCAAAGUAGUAGCGUUGUACAUAGGUGGCAUCAGAGAAGAAACACAUGUAGCAUGUCUCCCUUUUGGAUUUUGUCAAGAUGUGUAUCGUCAAUCUAAACACCUUUUCAUGUUCUUGUUUGA